UGCUUAGUGCUUAACUACUAUGAUUAACACUUGGUGGACCCUGUUACAUCCGGUCCUUACUGGCAUAUUUAGGAUUGAGCUUCGGUACUCUUUGGCUUCUCUUCAAGUGGUGCCUUGGCAGACCUGACCAGCUAGCAAAUAGGCCCAGCCAACUCCGAUCGCACCAGCACCUGCACCACUGCACCAGCCGCCCGCAACCCGCAAAGCUGCUUCCCGGACUAGCUAGGGUUUCGUGUACGCCGCUUGAUCUAGUCCUCUCUCCCGGCACGCGAGGGCGCAGCGUUGAUGGCGGCGGCACCGGCGGACGCUAAGGCGGAGGCCGCCAAGAUGGACCUCCUCGAGGACGAUGACGAGUUCGAAGAGUUCGAGAUCGACCAAGAAUGGGAUGACCAGGAAGAAGGCAACGAAGCCGUCCAGCAGUGGGAGGAUGAUUGGGAUGACGAUGACGUGAACGAUGAUUUCUCGCUGCAGCUUAAGGAAGAGCUGGACGGAAGCAACGGCCAGAAGAGCUGAAGUAUUAUUUCUCUACUUUAUAUAAAUGAUUUUUAUAUGGCAGCUACUUUUGGAACCGUUGAUGUGCUUUGGAUGUGAAAGUUUUUGGACAUCAGUCGGCAAUUUGACAGCACUGUACGUGUUAGUUGUCGUUAGGAUAUGUCUCUAGCCGAAACGCUAGAAUCCGCCACAAUGUCUACGCCCCAACUGUUUCUCUUAAAAGAGUGCCGCAACUGUUUUUGUACCUACGCCCGACCUCGUUCUUUAGCAGUAAUCCAACAGUUCUGUAUAUCCACUCCUAAAACCUCCGAGCUACCAAAUGAGGAUUGCUUGCGUAUC